AUGGCUGCAGGACAAAAUCUGGAUGUUUCAAAAAAACUUAAGGCUGCCAUAAAAGCAAAGCUGGAGGAGCUAGGAGUUUACGUGGAUGAUGAGCUUCCAGAAUAUAUCAUGGUCAUGAUUGCGAAUAAGAAGGAGAAGAAUCAAAUGAAAGAUGAUCUGAAUUUAUUUUUGGGGAAAUGUACGAGUAAAUUUGUGGAUUGGUUAUUCGAUUUAUUUGAACGGCUUCAGUCAGCUGGCAACAAACCUGAUAGUCACACUUGUGCAGAAAAGUCCAGCAAGGAUGUUCAAAAAGAGCCGGCGAAAGAAAAAGAGCGUAGAAAAGAUACUGAUGCUUCUACGUCGAGAAAAGAAGAUAGGAAAGAAAGUCGAACUGUUUCAUAUCCCACAAUUCUAGAAAGCCGAACUCAUGAGUCCUCGUCGCAUCGUCAAAUUGAAGUGGAAUCCAGAAAGCGAGAUGUUGAAAAGGAACGGGAACGCGAAAGGGAUCGGGAAAAGGAAAAGGAAAGAGAAAGACAAGAAAAGGAAAGAGAAAGGCAACGGCAAGCUGAGAAAGCAAAGGAAAAAGAACGCGAAGAACGUAUGAGAGAAACUGAACGUCAACAAAAAGCUCGUGAACAGGAA